AUGUUGUCCAGCUUGUCUCUUCUCUCUGUCCUGUCGGUCGCCGUCUCGGCUUCUCCUCUUCUGAGUGCUCGUGCCCCGGUGGCCGCCCUCAAUGAGAGAGCUGUGACUGUAUCCGCCGCCAACUUCGACAACUUCAAGUACUACGCAGAGGUGGUCCAGGCUGCAGCUUGCAACAGUGAUGCUGCCGCUGGAGCAACCAUUGUCUGCAGCUCCGAGGCUUGCCCUGCUGUUGAGGCAAACGGCGGAAAGAUCGUUGGUACCUUCACUGGACAUGUGACUGGCCUGAAGGGCUUCGUUGGCACGGAUCCCGCGAGGAAGAACAUUGUCAUCGCCAUCCGAAGCUCUCACAACGUCCGCAACUGGAUCACCAACAUCCUCUUCGGCUUGGACGACUGUGACUUCGUCGACGACUGCAAGAUUCACUCGGGCUUCUCCAACGCUUGGGACGAGGUCAAGGAUUCCGUCAUCAACUACGUCAAGGCUGCUAAGGCCGCCAACCCUACCUUCACCGUUAUUGCGACGGGCCACUCCCUAGGCGGCGCCAUCUCCACCAUUGCUGCCGCCGAUCUUCGCCGCCAAGGCUUCCCGACCGACGUCUACACUUACGGCAGCCCCCGUGUCGGCAACGAAGCCUUCACCAAGUUCGUUACCGACCAGCCCGGCGCCGAGUUCCGCAUCACCCACCUCGAUGACCCCGUCCCCCGCCUCCCCCCCAUCUUCCUCGGCUACCGCCACACCAGCCCUGAGUACUGGCUAUCCACUGGCAGCACCACCACCGUCAACUACACCAUUGCCGACAUCAAGGUCUGCGAGGGCUCCGCAAACACCAAGUGCAACGGCGGCACCUUCGGCCUCAACAUCGACGCCCACAAGUACUACUUGAGCAAGACCAGUGCCUGCAACACCGACGGCUUCGAGUUCCGUGGAAGAGAGGAGGAAAUCUCGGACGCUGACCUCGAAGCUCGCCUCAAGACAUGGGUACAGAUGGACCUCGAGUACGCCAAGUCUAUUAGCAAUGCUUAA